AUGAAUCAUUUCCUGUUCAGGUCUGGAGAGCAGGGGGCGGAGCUGUCAGCUGUGACGCUCAGACUGAACCACACUGAGGAGCAGCUGGACGAGCUGACGACACAACACACAGUCAGAGCUGCUGAGCUGGCGUCAGUUAGUGACAGAGUGACGACAGCUCAGAGAGACACUCAAGUGCUGCAGGUCCGGCUGACAGCUGCUGAGGCCGAAGCGAACCAGCUGAAGAUGAAGAGCGAAGCUCAGUCUGCUCUGCUGACAGAAACCAGCUCCAGACUGGACACUGCUGAGAGCCGGAGCACAGAGCUGGAGGUGAGACUGAGAGUUGGUGAGAAACAGCUGGAACACCUGGACACAGAGAGCACAGAUGAGCUGAAGGUGGCCUUUUCAGCCGGUCUGACUGAUUCAGGGUCAGUUGGGCCGUUCGAUGAGGAGACAACUCUGAUUUUCUCUAAAACCAUCAGCAACGUGGGUCGAGCCUACAACCAGACUGCAGGUGUGUUCACGGCUCCUGUCAGAGGCGUUUACUUCUUCUGCUACACGGCUGCAGAUUACCUGAAGGGCUACAUGGGCCUUUACCUGUACAGGAACGACCAGCCAGUCAUCUUCAACCUGGACCUCAACGACCACGGCGGCUACGCUUCCACGUCCAAUAGCGUGGCUCUGCAGCUGGAGGAGGGCGACAGAGUCCGCCUCAGUCUGCCGGCCAGCUACCGGCUCUACGACGACUCCCGAAACUUCAGCCUCUUCUCUGGAUUCCUGCUGUUCCCGCUCUGA